UUCCUAUGUCUCCUUCCUGUGGUAUCUCAGCUCUCCUCACGGCUUCCCCUGAGGGCCAUGGGGCUUCUGACACAGGGCUCCCCGAUGAGCUGGGAGAAGAUGCAGCAGUACAUGGAACAUGUGCGCAAGCACGGCAUCCUCCAGUUCUUGCACAUUUACCGAGCUGUCGGAGAGAGGCGCAAGGAUUUGCUCCAGUGGGGGGAUGAGGUAGAAUACAUGGUGGUAGCUUUUGACCAUGAAAAUAAGAGAGCACAAUUGUCCUUAACUGGAGAAGAAAUUGCACAUACUUUGCAAGACAAAGCUGAAAGGGUAGACUCAAACCAUCCAACUCUGUGGAAGCCAGAAUAUGGACGCUAUAUGGUUGAAGGGAUUCCUGGACAGCCAUAUGGAGAAACAAUGUCUGGGUUUAGCACUGUGCAAGAGAACAUGAGAAAGCGUCGGCAGGAAGCGGCGUCAGUGCUGAAACAAAAUGAAGCUCUUUGCACUAUGACAUCAUUUCCAAGAUUAGGUUGCCCGGGAUUUACGGUACCAGAGUGCGUCCCAACACCUGUUGAGACGGGAGCCUCCAAGUCCCUCUUCUUCCCAGAUGAAGCCAUCAGCAAACACCCCAGGUUUGGUACUUUAACGAGAAACAUUCGGCACAGAAGAGGAGAAAAAGUAGUGAUAAACAUACCAAUAUUUAAGGACAGGAAUACCCCAUCACCGUUUAUAGAAACUUUUCCUAAUGAUGAUGGUGAAGCAGCAAAAGCAGCCCUGCCUGACCAUGUAUAUAUGGAUGCUAUGGGGUUUGGAAUGGGCAACUGCUGCCUUCAAGUAACAUUCCAGGCUUGCAGUAUCUCUGAAGCAAGAUACCUUUAUGAUCAGCUAGCCACAAUGUGUCCCAUUCUGAUGGCAUUAAGUGCUGCAGCUCCAUUCUACAGGGGCUAUGUGACGGAUGUUGACUGCCGUUGGGGAGUAAUAUCUGCAUCAGUAGACGAUAGAACCAGGGAGGAGAAGGGGCUGGAGCCAUUAAAGAACAACCGCUACAGAAUCAACAAAUCCAGAUAUGAUUCCAUAGAUGCUUACCUCUCUGAAAGCGGUGAAAAAUACAACGACAUUGAUUUGGCAGUAGAUAAAGAAAUCUAUGAGCAGCUGGUAAAGGAAGGCAUUGACCAUCUUUUGGCCCAACACAUUGCUCAUUUAUUUAUUCGAGAUCCAUUGAUUCUCUACGAAGAGAAAAUACACUUGGAUGAUGCAAAUGAAUCUGACCACUUUGAGAAUAUUCAGUCAACAAAUUGGCAGUCAAUGAGAUUUAAACCUCCUCCUCCCAAUUCAGAUAUCGGAUGGAGGGUUGAGUUCAGACCAAUGGACGUCCAGUUAACAGACUUUGAAAAUUCUGCAUAUGUUGUAUUUGUGGUGUUGCUGACACGAGCCAUUCUCUCAUACAAACUAGACUUUCUUAUUCCUUUGUCCAAGGUGGAUGAAAACGUUAAAGUGGCUCAGAAACGAGGUGCUGUCCAGCAGGGCAUGUUCUAUUUCAGAAAAGAUAUUUAUAAAUGUGGAAAUGCUGCAGUGGAUGGGUGUGGCCCAGCUCAGAAUGUUCCAGAAACAGAUGCCGAAGAGUAUAUCUUAAUGAGCAUAGAUACAAUUAUCAAUGGGAAAAAGGGAAUAUUUCCUGGAUUAAUUCCGAUUUUAAACUCUUACCUUGAAAGUAUGGAAGUGGAUGUGGAUACAAGGUGCAGCAUUUUAAAAUACCUGAAACUAAUUAAAAAGAGGGCAUCAGGAGAGUUAAUGACAGCUGCUCAGUGGAUGCGAGAGUUUGUCGCUAACCACCCAGCAUACAAACAUGACAGUGUGAUUACGGAAGAGGUGAAUUAUAGUCUGAUUUGGAAAUGCAACCAAAUUGCUGAAGAACAAGCUGAAUGCCCUGAACUGCUCGGAGCAUGCUUUAACAAAGUAAAAAGCAAUGAAACUAAAACUGAUGCUUUUUGAUGAAAUGCUUUAAUCAACUGUGGGAAGUAUAACACAUUCUCUGCUGGAGCAGUAGCUACAUUGCUGGUAAAUAUCUGCAGUUUUGUAAUGCGAAGACCCAAAUAGAUUCUACUUCAGUUUAAGAUGGGCCUAUCUGCCAGAAUAUUCCCUUAAAACUCCCUACAAUAGGCACAGUCUUAUAUUUAUGCUUUAUGCUGUGUACAGUACA